AUUGAGUGAAGGGCCGGACCUGGAAGCUGAGCAGUAGGUGCAGAGCUUGGAUCGACCGAAACUCCAGCUUCCCGUUACCCCCCAGCGUAACUCCCACCCCCUCUGGGAAGGGAAAUUACAUUUCCCCAUUUUAGCAAGGGGUGGCGAGGAGGGAAGACUGAGUGAAUACAAAGCUGAAAGUACAAGCAGGACGGAAAGUGAAACUGGGUGCAGCCCCCAGUAUAAGACCCCCCCUACCCAGGAGAUGGCUGGCCAAAGAGGCUGGGCCCCGACAUGGGCCAGAUGGCAGGCGACCUUGGCUGGCGGCUCAGCCUGUUGCUACUGUCCUUGCUCCUGGUUCGAGCUGGUGUCUGGGGAUUCCCGAGGCCCCCCCUGAGCCUGCAGGAGCUGCGAAGGGAGUUCACGGUCAGCUUGCACCUCGCCAGGAAGCUGCUCACCGAGGUUCGGGGCCAGGCCCACCGCUUUGCUCAAUCUCACCUGCCGGGAGUGAACCUGGACCUCCUGCCCCUGGGAGAGCAGUUCCCCAAUGUCUCUCUGACCUUCUACGCCUGGCGCCGCCUCUCUGACCCAGAACGACUCUGCUUCCUCUCCACAACACUUCGGCCCUUCCAUGCCCUGCUGGGGGCGCUGGGGAGCCAGGGGGACUGGACCAGCUCUGAGAGGAUGCAGCUGUGGGCCAUGCGGCUGGACCUCCGGGACCUGCAGCGGCACCUCGGCUUCCAGGUGCUGGCUGCAGGAUUCAACCUCCCUGAGGAGGAGGAGGAGGAGGAGAAGGAGGAGGGGAAGGGCCUUCUCCCAGGGGCUCCCGGCAGCCCCCUGCAGGUGCCGGCCCAGGUGACCUGGCCCCGGCUGCUCUACACCUACCAGCUGCUGCACUCCUUGGAGCUUGUCUUAUCUCGGGCCGUGAGGGACUUGCUGCUGCUGUCCAAGGCCGGAAACAGCCCCAAGGCCUUGGGGUUCCCAACACCUGGCCCCCAGUCCUGACGGGGUGAUUUCUUAGUCUCCGACCCCUCACCCCUUAGGACUUUAGGACUGAAGUCUUGGCCAA